AUGUUGCUACCAACUUGGCGUCUCGCCAUCCUGGCGACGUUCUGGCAGUAUGGCACUGCAGCCCCAUGGUAUUACAUCCCCUCAUUACUGGUGGAUUAUCAGUUCAAUGAUUCCUUCAUGCCAGGAAUAAGCAUGUCAAACGGACAACUCAUCAUUUCCGUUCGCUUGGACCCAAAGGAACUCAAUUUCAAUCUUACCACCCAGAGCCCGUUUUUGAAACUUAUGGGCACAACUCAGGAAGCGGCCAAGAAGUUCCUUGAAGAGAGACUUGGGAUUAAACCGGGGUCCUUGACUCGAAAAGCAGGACACUCAUUGAACGGAACCUCCCACGAAUAUUUCAAUCAGCUCGUCAAUGGAAUCUACGUAGGGAAUGCGGUUGCAAAUGUGGCUUUGAAGGGGGAUAGAGUUGUUUCUUUUGGUUCCAGUUUCGUUCAACCCAAAAGUAUCGCGAAAAAUAUACCGGUAUUAACACAAUCUGCUGCCAUUGCUAUUGCGGAGUUCGAGACAGGCGGAAAGUAUAAUAAUUGGCCAAUCCAAAUAGAGUACUUUGCUGAAGAUUCAGAUCAUAUCGUCUUGGUAUACAAGAUUCAAGUUCAAGAUGAAGAACAGGGCGAGUGGUAUAGAGUUGCAGUAGAUGCAGAGUCUGGUCGCAUAGUCGAUGUGGUAUCUUUCGUUUCAGAUGCUAGUUAUCGAGUCAUCCCUAUUAUAUGGAAAGACCCAACUGAUGGUUUCACGACGGUGACUGACCCCUCUGAUACAUCGGCUUCCCCGAAUGGCUGGCAUCAAAACGGCCCUAUAGAUACAGGCUCAACAUCCGGUAAUAACGUGAUUGCCUACAAAUCGGACUCUAGUAGCGGAACAACCCCGCAAAGCUCACGAAUUAACAACUUCAUUUACAACUUUGACUCUCGAAGUACUACCGCCAACAUCAAAAAUAUAUCAACUGUGAAUGCAUUCUACUUGGGCAACAUGAUGCAUGAUCUACUUUAUCACUACGGUUUUACAGAGGCUGCAUAUAACUUCCAAACAGACAAUUAUGGUAGAGGCGGGAAGGCCAAUGAUCCUGUUUUUAUCUCGGUGCAAGAUAGCUCUCGCGUCAAUAAUGCCAACUUUGUGACGUUACCCGACGGUCAACCCGGCCAAAUGAAUAUGUUUAUGUGGACCCAGGCGACUCCGCCUCGCGAUGGAGCGCUUGAGAAUGACAUAGUUAUUCACGAGUAUACUCAUGGCCUCACCAACCGCCUCACUGGUGGCGGCACUGCCGAAUGCUUACAAUCUAUCGAAGCACAGGGACUUGGAGAAGGUUGGUCGGAUGCGGUUGCAGACUGGUCCCAUCAAUCAAGUGAGGAAGAUGUUGUCGAGGAUUUUACAAUGGGUACCUAUGUUAACCUCCGGGGAAUUCGGGACUACCCGUACUCAACCAACAUGAUCGCAAACCCACUCACUUAUGGAUCGUUGCGGUCGCGCAUAGAGUUCCAUGAUGCUGGAGAGGUCUGGGCAGUUAUAUGGCAUGAAAUAUUUGCAUUGCUAGUAGAAAAAUACGGAUUCUCUGCCGAUAAACGGGAUGCCUCGAGCGGAGCAGGAAAUAUUAUAGCUUUACAUCUGCUCGUCGAUGGACUUCAACUCCAGCCUUGUAAUCCGACGGUUCUUGCGGCUCGAGAUGCUAUCUUACAGGCUGAUGCCAAUCGAUACAAUGGUAGAAAUAGAUGUCUCCUUUGGAUUGCUUUUACCAAGCGAGGCCUCGGAUGGAAGGCGACAACAGCUAAAUUUGACGAUUUCACGGCUCCAGAAGAUUGUUGA